AUGGUUAAGUCAACAACAAUUGAUGCAUUUUUUAAAAGAAAAAUUAUUGAAGAUCAAAAGCACAAGGAGAGUGAUGCUACUCCAUCAUCUAUUCUUAGUGAGAGUUUGGUUGUUGAACCUCCCAAAAAAAUUCAAAGAGUUGAACUUGAAAAGAUUGAUAUUGCUUCUUUGGAGCGUGAUCCCGGAAAACGUCCACCUAUAUGGAGCUAUCCUCUUAAUCAACAAGAUGAAAUUCGUCGAGCUUGUAUCAAUUGGGGGCCAUAUCAAGUUAAGCUUGAAAAUUACCCUUCAAGUGGUUCAAAGAAACAUGCUCGUCAUUUUUGUAGCUCUUGGUUUGAAUUGUUUCCAUCUUGGCUUGAAUAUUCUCCAUCAAUUGAUGCUACUUUUUGUCUUUCAUGCUAUCUAUUUAGUAAGCCGAAUGGACGAGUUGAAUUAAGUGCAUUUGUUCUUGGUGGCUUUAAGAAUUGGAAGAAGGUCAAUAAUGGAGAUAAUUGUGCUUUCUUACGACAUGUGGGGAAAAAUCCUAACUCAUUUCACAGAAUUGCUGUAAAAGCCUGCAAUGAUUUGAUGAAUGCUUCUCAACACAUUGGAACUUUCAUUGAGAAACAAAGUUUUGAGCAAGUUGAGAUUAAUCGAUUAAGGCUUCAAGUUUCAAUUGAUGUAGUUCGAUGGCUUGCAUUUCAAGGUUGUGCCUUUCGAGGACGAGAUGAGAGUGAAAAAUCUCUUAAUCGUGGAAACUUUCAUCAACUUAUUAAGUUGUUGGCUUCUUAUAAUGAUAAGGUUACAAGUGUUGUUCAAGAAAAAGCUCCAUCCAAUGCCUCCUAUACAUCUCCUGAAAUUCAAAAGGAGAUUCUUUAUAUAUUUUCCAAUAAGGUUAGAAAAGAAAUUUGCCAAGAGAUUGGAAAUUCAAAAUUUUGCAUUAUAGUUGAUGAAGCUCGUGAUGAGUCCAAAAGAGAGCAAAUGGCUCUUGUUUUGAGAUAUGUAGAUAAGGAAGGAUGCAUUCGUGAACGAUUUUUUGGUGUUAUUCAUGUCCGUGAUACUAUGGCUUUAACUUUGAAGGAAGCUAUUUUUUCUACUCUCUCUCAACAUAAUUUGGCCAUUCAUAACAUCCGUGGACAAGGGUAUGAUGGAGCUAGUAAUAUGAGAGGUGAAUGGAAUGGCUUGCAAGCUUUAAUUUGCCAUGAAUGUCCAUAUGCCUAUUACAUUCAUUGUUUGGCCCAUAGGCUUCAACUUGCUUUAGUUGCAGCUUCUAGAGAAGAGGCUCAAGCAAUUGAAAUUGCUACUAAGAUUGCUAAUGGUGAACUUGAAACUGGAAGGGGGCUUAAUCAAAUUGGCACUUUAAAACGAGCUGGAGAUACUCGUUGGGGUUCUCAUUUGGAUUCUAUUUCUAGUUUACUGAAAAUGUUCAAUGCUACUUGUGUGGUUUUAAGUAACAUUGCAACAGAUGGAGGUUCAUACUCUCAACGUGGAGAUGCUAAUUUUGCUUUGAAUCAGUUGUUAUCCUUUGGAUUUGUUUUCACAUUGCAUCUUAUGAAAGACAUUAUGGAAAUCACUCAUCAUCUUUGUAUGGCAUUGCAACGUAAAUCUCAAGAUAUUUUGAAUGGAAUGCAUCUUGUCUCAAGCACAACAAAGCUACUGAAGAAUUUUCGAGAUUCGGGAUGGAAUGAUUUCUUGGUGAAAGUUAAAUUAUUUUGUGAACAACAUCAAAUUGAUAUCCCGGAUAUGAAUGCUCAAUAUAUUGCAAGACGUGGUAGAUCUCGUGGUCAUCAUGAUGAGAUUAGUGUGGAGCAUUAUUAUCGAGUGGAUAUAUUUAUUGCAACAAUUGAUUAUCAAUUGCAAGAGUUACAUAGCAGGUUUAAUGAUCAUACCGUGGAAUUGCUUGUUUUGAGCACUGCUUUAGAUCCUAGAAAUGGAUUUAUGCUGUUCAAGAUUGAUGAUAUUUGUAAACUUGCAGAGAAGUUCUAUCCGAAUGAUUUUAUGGAGCAAGAACUAGUACGUCUAAGAAUAGAACUUCAACAUUUUGAGCUUGACAUUCCAAAUCAUCCUGAAUUGCAAGAAUUAUCUGGUAUUCAUGAGUUAUGUCAAGGCUUGGUGAAGACAAGAAAAUCAGUGAUGUAUCCUCUUAUUGACAGAUUGAUUAGACUUGUUCUUACUCUUCCUGUAUCAACUGCAACUACAGAGCGGAUUCUGUUAAUCUUGCUCAGACCCCUUCUAAUGGAGACAAGGAUCAAAGUGAAUGGUGAUGCUGAUAAUCAAGAAAGGCCAAUUAUCAUAGCAAUGAAAGGGCAUCCAGGAAGUGGUAAAAGUACACUAGCUCAUUCCCUGGCCAAGGCCCUCAGAUGCCCUUUAAUAGACAAAGACCAUUUCAGAGACUGCACAAAAUCAUUGCAAGAAACCCUCAUGUUAGCCUCUCCUACUACAGCAUCUAAACUCCUAAAUGACUUAUCCUAUGAAGUUAUCUGGAAGGUGGCCUCAGCUCAGCUUAGCUUGGGGCUGAGUGUAGUCGUGGAUUCGCCGCUUUCUCGUAGGGCCCACCUUGACAGGCUAAUCAAGUUGGCAGCUGAGACUAAUGCUCGGCUUCUUGUAGUCGAAUGUAAGCCUCAGGAUGUAGGUGAGUGGCAUAGACGGCUUGAGCUGCGAGGCGCGGCUGAUGGAUCAAGUUGGCACAAGCCAAACACUUGGCAGGAAAUGGAGAACUUGUUGGAUGGCUAUGCAGGGUGUUGGGAUUAUGAUGUUGGCGAGGUACCAAAGCUAGUUCUGGACACAACAGCUGAUCUUGGAAUUGAAGGGUUGGUUUCCUCUGCAGUAGAGUUUGUUAAAUCUGAUGACGGUCAUAGUAUGAACUGUGAAAGCUCCAAUUGCAAAUUCGAAUGA